ACUUAGUAUACUUAGUUGUAAUAUACAUCUUUUGUUGUGCACUCUACAUUAAUUUAAAAUGUUGUAUUAUUGUAAAAUGGGUAUCAUAUUCAAUCUUAUAUGUGUAUGCUUUUUCAUUGGAAUGGACUUAGAGCUGCAUUUCUUACAUGAAAGUGCUAUACAAAUACUUUUAUAAUAUAUUAUUGUUGUGUUAUAUAAUAUUAUUUCAAUUGGUUUGAUAAUUGAAUAUGAUUCAUAAAUUGUUAAUGCUCUAAUAUAUAUUUUACUUUAAUUUCAGAUACAUAAGGCAGUAUUAUCUUAUAAUGGGUAAAUCUGACAAUAAAGCAAAAUAGGCCGGAAAUAGUUCAAUAUGAUUUUAACAAGGUCAACAUUUUGAGUGUUUUUGUUUACCAUUCACAAUGGCCAAGUGACCAUUACACUUUGACCAUUAUAACAGGCCAAGUUGUGAACUACUUACUGAUCAAUAAUCACUUGGUGGUGCAUUGAUUAGGAUAUAAAAAGCUAAUGUAGGGAGCCACCAUUCACAGGCUGACGCAAAGAGGAGAACAGCACUGUUUAUUUAAAACAAGAAUGUGAAUUUUCUUUCAAUUAUUUGAACAGAAUUUCCUUCAGUUUUGUAUAAAAAUAAAUUUAGGAUUCGGAGACAUCAAGCCAGACAUCAUGAGCCAUCACUCUUCAUGGAGAGGGCAUCAUUGUGCCCCUGGAGACAACAACUGCACUGCAGGCUUUAAGGAGUCCUUAGGCAGCAGGAACUACAAGUUACUCCAUGUGCCUAUCCAUGGGCCGACCCACGGCCACCACCAUGGGCCUCCACACACAUUUCCCUCCGUGGAUGUUCCUGAUCAUGCACACUACAUCAUCGGCACUGUCAUCCUAAUAAUUGGCAUCACCGGAGUGAUUGGAAACGCACUGGUGAUCUACGUGUUCUGCCGGAGCCGUACUCUUCGCACUGCAGGGAACAUGUUUGUGGUGAACCUGGCUGUGGCUGAUUUCUUCAUGUCCCUUACUCAGUCGCCCAUGUUCUUUGUAGCCAGCCUGCACAGGCGCUGGAUCUUUGGCGAGCGCAUUUGUGAGCUCUAUGCCUUUUGCGGUGCCCUUUUUGGGAUCUGUUCCAUGAUGACUUUGACUGCUAUUGCUGCUGAUCGUUGCCUAGCCAUAACUCAACCUCUUGCCUUGGUGGGCAACGUUAGCCGACGCAAAGCAGGCGUGGUGUUGGCCGUUGUGUGGCUCUACUCCCUGGGCUGGAGCCUUCCGCCUUUCUUUGGCUGGAGCGCUUAUGUUCCAGAGGGUCUUCAGACUUCCUGUUCUUGGGACUAUAUGACCUUCACUCCAUCAGUUCGAGCAUACACCAUCUUCCUCUUCAUUUUUGUGUUCUUCAUCCCACUAUGCAUUAUCGGCAGCUGCUACUUUGGAAUCUUCCAAGCCAUCCGAGCAAUGGGAAAGGAAAUUAGAGAGUUGGACUGUGGAGAAACGCAGAAGGUGUAUGAACGCAUGCAGAACGAAUGGAAGAUGGCGAAAGUAGCCCUCCUGGUCAUUUUGCUUUUUGUAAUAUCCUGGUCGCCCUACUCUGUGGUGGCCCUCACCGCCACGGCUGGCUAUUCCCAUCUCCUGACCCCCUACAUGAAUUCAGUGCCCGCUGUGAUUGCCAAGGCCUCAGCCAUCCAUAAUCCCAUCAUCUACGCAAUUACGCAUCCAAAGUAUCGGGCGGCUAUUGCCCGUUACAUUCCAAUACUCCGCACCAUCUUACGUGUGAAAGAGAAGGAGCUCCGUUCCUCUUUUAGUUCCGGCAGCGUUAGUUCCCGCCGUCCGACCCUCUCCAGCCAGUGCUCCCUGGGAGUUAGCUUCGGCAAUGCAGCACGAGCUAACGGCCGCUGGGGAAAGACACGCUUGUCUUCUGCUUCAGAUAGUGAUUCUUGCUGGACUGAGAGUGAGGCUGAUGGUUCAAGCGUCAGUUCCCUGACGUUUGGUCGUCGCGUGUCCACCGAGAUCUCUACAGAUACUGUCAUUCUUUCACCAGGGUCAAGUAUUAGCACCGCCAGUGGGCAGAAAUCAGAGAAGACACACAAAGUUGUAAGUGCACCGGUGCCGUCAAUUACUUUUGAAACGGAUGCAGCAGAUGAGUCUCUGUCUGAUGGAAAGGCUUUGCUCCUCGGAGGGAACUAAGGGAAUGACAAAGCUCUGCACGGUACUAGUAACUUUAGUAGCUUUGACCAAUUAUUUUUUAUUUAGAAUAGAUGUCCUUAUUUAUUUGCAUGUCUUGAACAACCCUUGUCUUGUUAGUUUUGUGAACUUUGUUUUUGAAAUUAAAUGGUUUCCAGGUUAUAUGUGAAUUUAGAAAAUGUAUUUGAAUAAUAAAACCAGAAUAAUAACCAUCUUGUUUUUUGUCUGGUGUGAUCAAGAUAUUGUGGCGUGUAGUGUAAGUAAAUGUAUGUGAAUAUAAUGUUUACAGAAAUCACACUAACACACCACUGUAAACUCAUGUUUAUGUAUGUACAUAGGUCUACAUUUACAUAUGUAUUAUGUCUGGCUAUAUGAUGAAAUGCAACUAGAGAUCAGGGCCUUUUCUGUAUCUCAGAUCAGCCUGUGAAUGCAGAGUCGCCGAGACUCAGCAUUCAUUUCAUAAUGUCGAGUAAAGAAUUUUCCUCUUUGUUCUAGAACAUCUGAUGGUUUGCAUUGUUUAUCUUUCAAUUGAUUAUGAAAUUGUAAUAAUACAUUUACCUGACAUAAUAAAUUGUUAUAUUUGA